UUUGAUUACAGGUAUAUUGAUAUCAUUAGUUAUUUUUCUUGAUGCUUUUAUGAAUUGAAUAUUGGUUGAUUGGCUUUUUCUUCUUGCUCUUUUUCUUCCCACAAAAUGAAUUCUGUAUCCAACUUUCUCUCCUCUUGGGACUCCAACAGUAACAGCAAUAAUAGCAAUAACAAUAACAAUAACGAUUCAAAUAAUGAUCCCAGCGUCUCUGGUUUAGAUAAACCUAAUUCAAGACCACACUCUUCAACUUUUGAUUUCUCUUCAAUCUAUAAUACAAUCACCAGCAAUAAUCAAACGCUAUAUCCUAAUUCAAAUAACAAAAAUUCUGCAACAGUAGAUGAUACUCAACCCGUUCCCUCAUCUACAAAUGCCCAACAAGUAUCUUUGAAUAAUAAUGAUAACAAUAACAAUAAUGCUAAAAACACUAACAGUGCUGUUACAAAAAAUAUAAGUGCUGCCAAUGAUUCGAACACCAUCACAAAUACAGCCUCAAAAUCAUCUUUUUCUCAACAGCUAACUGAUAAAUUUAUGGAAAAACUAGUUUUAAUGAUAUUACCCCCAUCAUCUGAGAUGUCAGAAUCUAACAUUCAAGAAAGAAUCAAAAACUCUAAGAAUCGGCCUCAAUUAACAAUUCCUUUGAUGUCAAAAAAUGUAAUUUUAAUGAAUCAAAGAUUAUCUGUCCCCUUUAAUUUAAUCGAUCAGGUAAUAAAUUUAAUCAACUGGCAGAAUCCCUAUAAAAACAUUUUUAUUUUAUUAAUAUCAUCUCAUAUAAUUCUUAGCCCUAUCCCAACUUUAUCAUCUUUCCCGUUUUUCUAUAUAAUAUUUGUCAUAAUGAUACCAUCAUAUCUUUUAAAAUACCAAAUUGAUGUAAAGUCAAAUCUAAACUUACUUUAUCAUUAUUCAGUAUCUCAACUAUCUCCUUCAAUUUCAAUUUUAAACUCAAGCUCAACAUUUGAUCCUAUUUCUUUUCCAGAUAUUUCUUAUGACUUUUUGCUCAAUUCAAAACCAAUUAAAAAACCAAUAUUAGAAAAACCAGUCCCCGAAAUUUCAAAAGAAUUUUAUUUAAACUUAACUGACUUACAAAAUCACGUCUUACUAUAUAUUAAUACCUACAAUUUUUUAUCAGAGCUAUUUAAUUCUUUUGCAUUUUGGCAAAAUGAAACUAUUUCCUCUUUUUUUGUACUUGUACUCUUAUCAAUUGGAUUUUUUAACUUAUUUAUUUUACCAAAAUUUGUUCCAUUUUUAAUUCCUAUAUUAAAAUUUUCCACUCUUUUUUUAAUUUGGUCUUUAUCGAUAUUAAUCCAUCCCAAAUAUCGUGCUGUUUUUUCAAUGUUUAUUCUAUCAAACGAUAAUCAUCCUAUUAGUAAUAUAAAUAAUAUGGAAAACUCAAACAGUACCAUUACGAACAGCAACAAAGAUAAUAAUAAUGAUACUUUCAAUGCAAAUAGUAAUACUAACGUUACGGAUAAUCUUAGCAACAACGUCAAUAAAACUAAAAGAGAUAGCAAUACUAUUAAAAAAUUUUACAAUAAAAAACAGAAAAAAUUAAUUGAAAGAAAUUUUAAAAAAUUUAAAAAAAAUUUAUUUAUUUUUUUGAAAAAUGAAUUUCAAAUUAAUUUAAUGGAGAUUUUAAAUAAAAAUCACAAAAAUACUAAUAACGAUCUCAAGCUAGUAGAAAUUUUUGAAUUACAACACUAUGAUCUGUUUGAAAAAGAAUGGAACUCUACAAUUUAUUCAACUGAUUUCUUUACAAAAAAUUCCCCCUCAAGAAAAUUUAAAACUUUAGAAAAAUUAAAUUACUUAAAAAGUCUAAAUUCAAACAAUAUAAAUUCUUUCAAAACUGAUUUAAACCUUGAUGAUAAUAAUCAACCAAUAAAACCAAAUAAUUACUCAAACGAUCUAAGACUGAUAAAGCCUCCAUUAGGCUGGACAUUUUUGGCUGAUAAAAAUCAAUUACUAAACGAUCAAUCUAAUAAUUCAAAUAAUUUAAAAACACUAAAGCACUCAAAAUCAAAAUCGAAAACUUCUAGUUUUUUAUCUUCGAAAUCAAAAAAUUCGAAAUCAGAUUCGACUGAACCUACUGUUCCAAUUAAACAGCCUAUCAAGGCUAUAUCUAAUUCAAUUUAUAACUGGAAGUUAGAUCUUAGCCCUUACAAAUGGUGCAAUGAAAACUACAUUUUGGGUUUAGUUGACAUUGAUGAUGACGAAAAAUGGUGUUAUGACACAAAUGAAACCACUUCUGCAAGAAGUUUUGAAUUUAGAAGAAGAAGAUGGGUAAGAUAUGUAACGAGAGUGUCGGACUAUACUGAUGAAGAUUUGAUUAAGGAAUUUUCAAUCAGAAACUUUGACAAAGAAUUAGAAGAUUUAGAAAUUUCAGAUGAAGAUUCAGAGAAAGAUUCAGAGGAUAGUUAUGAAAAUAGCAGCAGCGAUUUCCAGAGUAAUUACGAUAGUGAUGAAGAAACAAAUGAUGGAGCAAAUAUUGGACAUGAUACUCGAAAAACCAGUAGUUCAGGUUCAAAUAAAGAGCUUGACGAGAAGGAUUUAAAUUUUAAGUUUAAUAAUUUAUUACGAUCUCCUUCAAGUGAUAAUACCAAUUCAAACGAUCAUAAGAUUUUAAAUAACAGCAUGACCAAUUUUGAUCCUAUCAACUACAAAAUGCAUGGACUUGUUUCUAAUAAUUCGAAAGUUGGUCCUGCUUCACUGUCAAGAUUUUUAGCAAAUUCGACUAAUAAUACCUCUAAUAAUUAUGAAAAAAACACCGCUUUUCUUAAAAAUGAGAAAAAAACUGCUACAAGCUUACUAUUAGAUUUGUUUACUGAAAAUAGCGAAGAACCAAAGCUUCCUCCAAAAAAUAAUUUCAACACACAAUUAAAUAAAAAUUUCAAUAAAUGGAAAAAAGGUUUCACGACUGCUUAUAAUGAAGUACAUCCCAUUAAUGAGAACAACAAAAAUAAUAACAAUACAAAUUAACCUAUUUUUUCUUCUCUGAUUUUUUAUUCAUUACUUUUAUCAAUAUCAGUCUUUUUAUCCAAAAAAAUAGAAUUCUUUUAGUUUCGUUAUAAAAGAAUUUCAAGUUAUAAAAACUAGAUUACGUUCAAUUAAUGUCUUUUUUUAUAUAAUUUU